AUGUUCUUUGGGGUUUAAUCAAUCUCAUCAAUUAAAAUUAACAUUACUAAGAAUUUGAUUAAUAAAAUUGAAUUUAUUUUUGCUCCACUCAAACAUGAAGGAGAAACCUUAAUUAAACCUAAAGAUCAAACACUCUAAGUGUACUCUCUUUUGGGGGAAACCAAAAUUAUUUUUCCUGAAAUAGAAGAAGUUUCAAAAUUCUUUUAUCAUCUGAUCAUAAAUUUUAGAGUUCAUCAUUUGGAGUCAUAAAUUACCAAUGAUAAUCAAACCCAAAUUAAUUUUAAGAGAUAACCUGAUUUGGAGUUUAUAUAAGCAUUUGUAGAUAUCACAUUGAUUGCCUAAUACAUCCAUCAACUUGUAAGUAUUAUUGAUAAAGAAAGAUAAAUAAAAGCAAUAAAUAUAUCGCAUACCGAUGAAAUAACAACUAAUAAUAAAUAUUCAUUCUAUUCAUUUGUAGAUGAUGUGAUAAUCAUUAAUUAUUGCAAGUACUUUGAUUUUAGGUUUUCAAAUUUCAUAUUAGAUUAUUUAAAUAGAAAAUAAAUCAAAAUAAAUAAAUAAAGUAGAAUAAAACUUCGAAAAAAAAAUAGAUUUAAUUCCUAAAGCAAUAUUUUAUGGUGUGAAUUCGACUGA